ACAUAUUUUUUUGAUUGGUAAGAACUGCCAGAUGACGCUUCAUGAAAUAUAAAUGCAAGAAAGCCUCCGAGAGCUCAAUAAAAACCUUCCACCCGUCAUUGUAGGAGGAUAAGAGCAAGAUACUGUUAACAAGUGCAGGAAAUGGCUUUCGGAGUUUCAAUAUCAGUCUAUUUCUUAUUCAAUGCUGUGACAGCAUUGACUGAAGACGCAGCCAGGACUGUAACACCCCCAGUCACAACCCAGCAAAGUAACUGGACCAUUAACAAAACAGAAGCUGGUUACACACAAGGACCCAUAGCGUUGAGGCUCUCACAUCCUUGCCUGGAGGACCACAAUAGUUACUGCAUCAAUGGUGUUUGUGCAUUCCACCAUGAGCUGGAGAAAGCCAUCUGCAGGUGUUUUACUGGUUAUACUGGAGAAAGGUGUCUAAAAUUGAAAUCACCUUACAACGUCUGUUCCGGAGGAAGACCACUAUGAGGCCUUUGGAAGAAAUUUUCAUGAGUCAUUGGUGAAAAUCAGUGGGCCCAAAACUGAAAUUUUCAAGUGAAACAACACAACUUCCUAAGCUGACUAGAAAGUUGGAAUCAUGAUGAAACAAGGGAAUAAAUUUCAACAUUGGUCCUUAGACUUUGCUAUUUUUAAAGUGCCAUGGGAGCCAAGGGAACAAGGUACAGUGACAGAAGUCAAGUUCACAGUUCUACUCUGGGUUUGUUGCUGUUGUGUGAUUAUUGUUCUCACUGCAGAGAGACUGAGUUUUAUGCUUCUGACUAUGUCAGAUGUGAAUUUUCAUGGGAAUAAUUAUCAACCUUGCAGCCAGCCAAAGCAAUGCCAAGCUUGGAUUCUUCACUAUGCUUGCUACCAGGAUUCUGGACCACUGCUCUACGGACCAAAUCCCAAACAUGAUGCUUUCAUGGUGUCUAAAAGAAUGUGCUAUUCAGAUGAGAUUACUAUUAUGGCACCUCCAGUGAACCAAACUUAUGAUUGAAGUCUAAGCUAGAGAAAAGAAAUGGAAUGUCCAAGGCAAACAUAAUCAUACCCAACUUGUGACAACACUGUGAAAUAUGGAAUAAGCUAAAGAGUUUCUGAUGACUGAAAGCUGUCUGGACACUGAGCCCUGAGGAGGCAAAACGUUUUUGUUUCUGCAUGGAUUAUAAAAUUUUGUUUUGGACUCACUGGUCCCCAAAUGCUUAUGUUCAUCACUUUCUCCUAUUGUUAGUGGAAUUACCUGGCGAUUAUCUACUUGGACUGAAAUUCUAAAAUUCUACUAACAAAUAAAAUUCUACAAUUGGCUCUGAAAUAGAAACUGAAGAACAUGACAUAAGAAUUUUCCACCAGCCAACAGCGGGUGGAAAUUUUCUUUACCAUUUCUGGGUACCGGAGAGAAGAUUUGCACAGAGGGAGAGAAAACGGAAUAUUGGUAGAAAUAACACUUUGAGAAUUAGGGUCCUUCCUCUCUAAUCAUAUUUCUUCCACCUAAUUUGAAUAGUCUUGUUCAGGUCCCUUAAUUUCUUUGGGCUUUGAUCAGUUUCUACAAGGUCCUUCUAGCUCUAAAAUUUGAUUGUGACAGAAGAGAGAAAAUUUUCCACCUCUCAACUCCAUCUCUGUCCCCGACCUCACCUCUCACCCCACUG